GGUGUGUCUCAACGCAAUAAUCAUUAUUUAAGAUAUUUUUGCUAAAUAAUCAAAAUUAAAUACACAAAUUAUUGUAAUAGUUUGUGCGUGAGAUGUGAUCUUUAAUUUUGCAUUACCUAUAAAAAAAAAAUUAAAAAUAACUAAACAAAUACGUCUGACAAAACACUUUUUAUCACUCUUCUCACCUAAAUAUCUUGAAAUUAUAAAAUUGUGAUGUGAUAGAAUUUCUAAAUAUUUUAAAUAAAAAAUUCUAAGAACGAAACAGUAACCUAUACGGUUUAGUUCUUCUUAAAAUCUAAAAUUAACAUCAGAAGAAAAGGAAAACAGAUUUUAACAAGAGUUACAUUAACCAUCAUUACGUGUUUAAAAAUGAAAGUCUUUUUGUUUGCCUUGAUUUUAGUAUUUAGUGAAUAUAAAGUAUACACCCAGGAAUCAUGUUGCGAAGACUACUGCUUAGCAAGGGAUAAUGAGCGACUUCAAAAACGUACAUUCACUUCAAAUACUGCUUACCAAUUUGUGAGGGGUACGGACUUGGAUGUAGGUUUUCAGGUGCCAAAUUGUAAAGCUAAAAAAGUUUGGAUAACGAGCAGACAUGGAACAAGACUACCCUAUCGUGAAAUUAUACUCAAUGCAACAAAACUUGAAGAGAUUAAGACUCAAAUAUUAAACAAUUAUUUAAACCUACACAAACCAGAAACUGGAGCAUUGUGUAUCGAGGAUUUUCUAUCAAUUCAAUCAUGGAAAUUCAAUUCGACAAUAACACCAGAAAUGGCAACAUUUUUAACAUUUCAGGGUUGGGAAGAUUUGAAAUAUUUAGCGAUAACUUUACAGAAAAUUUUUCCCAAUAUCAUGUUGAAAGAAUAUGAUUCUGAACAUUUUGUGUUUCAUCAUACUCAAACUCAACGAACCGAAGAAAGUUUUAAGGCAUUCGCUGAAGGUCUUUUUGGACCAAAUGUCUAUCAAAAUAUUAAAAGGGAUAUAGUUCCGCAAAUAAAUGACACUCUCUUGUAUGCAUACUCAGGCUGUCCAAUUUGGACAGAAAAUGAUUGGAAUGCGUAUUACUCAAAAGAUACUGAGUACUAUAAAUUCAGGGAAAGUGAAACUGUGAAAAAAACUAUCGCUCAUAUUUCAAGAAGACUUGGAUUCGAGACUCCUCUUGACUUUGAUUACAUUGAGUUUAUGUGGGAUAUAUGUCGGUUAGAACAAGCUUGGUAUGUUAAUCGGACUAGUAUCUGGUGUGGCGCAUUUACACCUGCCCAACUUGUAGUAUUGGAAUACCUCGAUGAUCUUGUGGUUUAUCAAACUUCAGGCUACGGUCAUGAAAUAAACUCUCGAGUCUCUUGCAAUCUUGCUAAAGAUAUGCUUAAGAAGUUGGAUAACGACGAUGACCCAGAUGCUGUUGCAUAUUUUGCACAUUCAACCACAAUUGAAACUUUGAUAACAGCUUUAGGAAUAAACAAAGAUACUGUUCCACUAAAAGCUAAUAAUUUUGCAUCUAUGACUGAUCGAAAGUGGAAGACCAGUAUUAUCGAUCCGUUUGCCUCUAAUCUAGUGGCUGUUAAGUUUGAAUGUUCAUCGAAAGAUUCGAAUAAAGAUAAUGAGAAAGCAAUGUUUUUCCUUAAUCAAAAACGUGUAGAAUUUGAUUGGUGCAGUCAAGGACUUUGUGAUUGGUCAAAUGUAUUGAAACAUUACGAAACAUUGUACAAAGCCAAUUGCACUGAAUACUUUUGUAGUAAAUCUAAUGGACAAAAACUUACUGGAGUUGCAUUAACGAUGUUAUCAUUCGUAUUUGUUACAUUGUUUUUAUUAGUUUAACAUACAAUGACAAAUAGAUUAAUUAUUUUAUA